GAGCAAAAGAGAGAGAGAGGGACGGCGAGAUGAACGGAUCAUACGACGAAUUCGUACGCACCGUCUUGUUAACUGUUGACAAGUGGAGCCGUCAAUUGAACGUUUCAUUCGGCACGGUCACUUAAGAGGCUUUUGUAGGCGCGGAUUCGAGCGGGGCGUGUUGGAUCGCGUUGGGCGAAGAAGAGGAGGAGGAGGAGGAGGAAGAUGCUGUGUCGCGAUCGGUAAAUAACUCCCGACCUGGCUCCCCCCAGGCGGGUACCGCGGAUGCGAUAAACAAUGUUGACGUGAGUCAACGGCGCUCCGCGAGUGAGACAUCGGGUACGGGACGGCACAAGACGUGGAAGAGAGGAGACCGAGACCGGGGGGACGAUGUUGCUGCCUGCGCGGGUAGAUAAGACGUGCUAAUCGUGGAGAACGCCGCCCCAGGAGCAAUGGACGAUGAACAGCCGGCCAGGGAAGCUAACAAGAUCUGCGGAGUCUGCGGCGACCGGGCUCUCGGUUACAACUUCAAAGCCGUCUCCUGCGAGAGCUGCAAGGCCUUCUUCAGGAGGAACGCGAAGAAGGAGAAGGACUUUAAAUGCCCCUUCACGGAAAACUGUAAUAUCACACCCAUAACUAGACGAUUUUGCCAAAAAUGCCGCCUGAAUAAGUGCUUCAGUAUUGGCAUGUGCAAGGAUUCCAUCAUGUCUGAGGAGGACAAGAUCCAGAAGCGUAAGAAGAUUGAGAACAAUCGUGCAAAGAAACGGUCCCAGCCCGACAAUGGCAAAACGUCGAAAAUCAAGAAAGAUUGCCUGGACGACUGUACAUUUGAGGACACGUCGAUGUCGGUCAAUUCGGUCGCGUCGACGAUGUCGGAAACAUACUUUUGGGAGUCCGAUAGAAAGUACACGGAUCUGGACAGCAACAGACAGAACGCCGUCGAGAGUAUGAGCCCGGAAACAGCGGUGAGCGUGCCGAGUCCUUCGAGUCCACCGGAGAACACGAAUAUCGCCGAAACGAAGACGUUGGACAUGCUAAAGGAGUCCACUCACGGCUCGAGGUCUAGUCUUGCGAGCCGUACGAGAUUCACCGAUCUCAACGUGACGCCACAGAGUACAGGAACAGACAAGAACUCUUCUCUGAAUGCAGGGCAAUAUGAACAAAAUUCGCUGCAAUUUAAUUCUGAGUUUGUAGAUGUAAAUCGCGAAUCACCGAACUACAACUCCGCGUUCGAAGAGAAUAUGCCUAAUUACUCCAAAUUUGAGCAAACUCGCGAACAGAAUUUUCCCGCGUACAUCGAUCGCGCGUCGCACAGCGGGAGGAGUCAAUCUGACCUGAGUCAAUGCGAUCCUCUUUCGCCGUCGCCUGAGCAACUCACGAAAGAGGAGACGUCGAUAUGUCAGAAGCCGAAGGAAACGUGUUCAAGCGGCAAUAAUUUGGUUGUAAAGUUCAAGCAAGAUCCCGGCCUGCUAACAAAGUUUGUUAGUAAUCCAAAUUUAGUUGCAAAGAUAUUUCAAGAUCAGAGAGUAAUAAUGAAGAUUAUGACGGAUCCCGAUAUGGCCACAUGCUUGGCGGCUGAUCCGAAUAUUGCGCAAUUCUUGGAGGAGCACGGCGCAAUCGAUACAACGAUCGCCGAGCGUAACCGUGACAUCAAAACGAAAGUUCAGUCAAAGGAAGUUACGAGAAGUAAUGACAACUUGAGUGAUUCUAGAUACAUACCCAAGGCUAAAGGAAGUCAAGUGGAAAAUCCGAUUCUGACGGACUUGAUUACAAACCGUAAUGCAGAGGAGUGUAAAAAUCAAAAUAUAGAAUUUACAAAUAUGGAUUGGAAUAAAAAUACUGCGGACGUUACUAGAGAUGUUCUUCAAGAUGUCCAAAGGAUACCAAUUGCCGCUAAUUCUAUAGAGUCCAUCUUGUGCGAAGCCAUCAAAUUGGAAUAUUCAGCAUUUUCUAGUUUUGGCGGUAACCAGAGUAGUAGGGAAUUGAAUGACGCCGAGAGAGCGAAAUUGAACGAGUUGAUAGUUGCUAACAAAGCGUUAUUAGCUCCUUUAGACGAUGACAUAACAAAUUUGGUUGGGGAGGAGUGCAAAUUCAAGAAUAAUUUUGGGCAAUCUGAUCCAAUGUUGCUAGACGUUAUAAAUUUGACGGCCAUAGCAAUUAGACGCUUGAUAAAGAUGUCCAAGAAAAUAAAUGCCUUCAAGAAUAUGUGUCAAGAGGAUCAGUUGGCUCUGUUGAAAGGCGGUUGUACGGAAAUGAUGAUCCUAAGAUCUGCCAUCAAUUACGAUCCGGAUAAAGACAUGUGGAAGAUACCUCAUAGCCAAGAGAGUAUGUCGAAUAUCAAAGUUGACGUUCUGAAAGAAGCAAAGGGAAACUUAUAUGCGGAGCACGCGAGAUUCGUUAGAACAUUCGAUCCCCGAUGGCGAGAUGAAAACAUCAUUCUGAUUUUAAGCGCGAUAGCCUUGUUUACACCCGACAGACCAAGAGUUGUACAUGGCGAUGUUAUCAAAUUAGAACAGAAUUCAUAUUAUUAUCUUCUCAGACGGUAUCUGGAGAGCGUUUAUCCUGGUUGCGAAGCUAAAUCUACAUUCCUUAAGUUAAUACAGAAGAUUUCUGAACUCCAUAAACUGAACGACGAGGUCGUGGGAGUUUACUUGAAUGUCAAUCCAUCCAGUGUAGAGCCACUGCUUAUAGAAAUAUUCGAUUUAAAGCACUGAUUAUUAAUUCGUAAAGUCAGUUUGUGUUUCCACUUUAUGUGUAUAAUGGGAAAGUUGAACUAUAGUGCAUUCGACUACUGCAUUCGUGCCGUAAUAUAUUCCUAGGGUUAAUCCACUUUAAUCAAGGAAACCGAUGGCUAUAUCGCCGAUCUGGAUAUUUAUGAAAAUGUGAUUAUUGUAACUAAAACUUCAAUCGCAUUGCCUCCUUGUAUAAAUGAUAUCAUGUAGCAAUACAUCUUUAAAUAUCUUCACGUGAUGGAACGAAGAUUAUGUGUGCAAAAUAUCGAAAUAAUUUAAUGUAAAACUGAGUCGCGCGGCCAAAUCGGGCAUAAAAAUCACUAGGAAUCAAAGAACCACAAGGAAUUAUAGAUAUUGAUACAAAUCAAUGUCGUAGUUUCGUAACACAUCACAAGUGAAACGGCGAGCAAUUUACAACGUCGAUUCGAAUAAAAUUGAUUAAACUGGAACAUUAAUAAGGUAAGAACGCCAUAAUUAACAAUAACAAUAUCUCGCUUCUUAGCAAGCACAUAUUGUAUCAUUAAGUAUUUUGCGGAGUAUCUUUUGAACUCGUUAUCAUUCUCAUUGCGUACUGAGAAUAAAUAUACGCGUACAACAUACAGCAUAAUAAUUCCUAAGUGGCUGUUUCAAUCAUUUUCUUUCAAGAAAUAGUUAAAUAUGUAAUUAUAUCUAUAUUUUUUUUAACACGUGAAUCGUUAAAUUUUAAGCAAAUGAUUGUUAUUUAAUGCCACAAGGCCUAUAUGCUCACAUAUAUAAUAGAAUAUAUAUAUAUAAUAAAAUUAUGCAGAGUGAAUCAUAAGUAUAUGUUUUAAAAUUUUGUAAGUGUGUUAAAAAGGAAAAACAUAUGUUCCUAAGAACAUUAGGUCGAAAAUUUUGUUAUCAAAAUAAUGGCCAGAAAUAAAUUUGAAAUAAAGACUGAAUAUCGAAUUCGAUUAUUUCCACGAUGUUUUUCCUUUCUAUGAAACGCUAGUUAACAAUGAAAAGGACCUAUGGGAACAUGUUUAAAUCAUUAUUACUAUUGUAUUUGUUUCCAUUAUUUGUUCUUUUUUUUCUAUUCAGGAACAUGUUCAUAAAUCAUGUUUAUGAUUCACCCUGUAACUGUGUUAAAAAUUUGUUUAAAAAAAAUGAAACUCCAAUACAAACUCAUAAAUUGUGGUUUCAGCUGUAGCCAGAGUCUAUAUGUAAAUAAGAGAGAGGGAUAUUAUACUUGUAUAUGUGUUGUUGCAAUGUACACGAGAUAAAUUGUGAUAUAUCCUGAUAUAAAUAUAUUUUUCAAAAAUA